AUGCCUGCCUCUGAGCCUGAUCCGCCUGGUAGCACCAGGAACGGUCUCUCCGUUCUCGGUGUGUUACCACGGCUGGCUGAGAACUAUAGCAUCCCUAUCUCUCAGCCUGCGCGUGAGCCAUCCCCUGAAUUUCUUGUCGGCACCGUUUUCCCGUGCGAGCGUUCGGCCUCGCCAAAGUCCCGGGAGCCACACCCGUCUCUCGAGCUUGUUCCCGAUGGCGGCGAAGGCCCGUCGAAGUCGGUCACUGCAGCCCCGUCCACAAUUAGCUCCGCGCCCGCGAAGCGACAGCGUGUAGGCGUGACAUACAAGCAGCAGAGGCUCUGGGGCGCCCCUCCUCCACGACAAGAGGCAUCACCGCCACGCCGUGCUGCUCCUGCUCAGCCGAAGCCUCCAACCGCUUCUGCAGAGGCUGAGUAUGAGUUGGUGGACGUCACCCUCGUGGCGCACCUUGUACAACAGACGCGGAUGCGCCUGAAGACGCGCUACUUCGACAGGUCCCCUGGUCACUUUUUUGGCAGCGGAGAGAAGAUGCAGCUGCAUGACUUCAUCAAGGCUCACCAGAAGAUGGAUAAGCGACAGAUGAAAGCGGAAGGCGUGGACGCGGGUGGCAACGCCGUCUCCUUCGAAUUCACCCUGCACGAACGCCCCCUGCCAGGCCAUGAGACAGACGGUGAUGUAACCGCGUGCUUCGAGCUUUCGCUCAAGUUCAUCCGCAAAGUGGACGCGGAGCUGGAGUGGCGCAUGCGCGACCUCAACCUCCUCGAAGGCGCCAAGCUGUUUCGUACGGCGUCGUAUGUGGCCGACGACACCCAGCGGCUGGAGUCCUUCAAGAAGUGGCUUGGCCAGCUCCACAAGCUGUACAACCACAAGCUGCCUGGUAAGCGUGUUUGUUAG